AUGGCCGGGGUCGCCUUGGAGACGAAUCAAAUUCCCUGGGAGUCACUGCUCCUGAUGGAUGAACACACUGGUGGUGCUGACCUUCACUCUGCAUUGAGGAGAUCUCUUAUUCCGGCUCCUCUCCGUAUCGGGUCACCGUCAACGUCUCCAUCUCAAUACCAGUCUCCCUCGCCUCCGAUUAGCCCUGCUCCUACUCUCCUGGUGUCUGUUCAAACCCCUCUCCACACCCGUUCUAUGUCAGGGAAGCUCUCACUGCAUGAAUAUCGCAGGAAAUUAUCACAUAGUGAUGCUCAGGACGGAACAACUACUGUUCCGAGAAGGAUGUUGAAAAGGAAGCCAAAGACUACAAAUCUGAACAACAGACAAGGGAACACCAUCCCCCUUUCACCACCAGCAACCCCUCCAGCAUCUGCUUCUCCUUUUGAACCAAGUCGACCAGUGUCUCCUAUCCUUGAGCUAGAUCAUCUUACCUUUAGUUCUGGAUAUCACAACGCGUCUAAUACUGCUACAAGCUGUGAAGUUUCACCUAUAGAUGGGGCUUUUCUGGAUUUUGAACGCGCAACACCACAAAGUACAUUGACAACACAAAACCCUCUAUUUGAAGCACCAGCAGAAAACAAAUCCCAGUAUAGGACCUUGAUACCAACAAGAUUCACAGCACAUACCAAAUCAGCCUCUGAAUCUGCCCUGCCUAGGACUCUUCGCCAUAAGGGUGUUUCAUUUGAGAUAUUGACACCUCGAAGGCAUACGGGCUCUUCUCUGUCACCAACUUUGGCUGAGACGGGUAGCCCUAGAAAAACUGAAAUGCCAACUCCAAGUCCCCUAGACAUGGACAUCGAAAUCCCUAAGCCAGCCAAAUCACCGCCCCCAAGGCUUCGCCGGCGCUCUGCUUCCUUGGGCCCCGAAAGGAGGUGUACUCCCUCUCGUGCUUUGUUUGAAGAUCUUCCUACCGCUUAUUCUUCGAUCACUUCGGGGUCCUCCAGCAAAAAUAGGCCGGCCAACCCUACGGCAUAUAGUGAUGAGCAUUUACCACAGGUUCCCAACGAAGCCACAGCUCACCAUGACCAAUUUAUGGUCUCUGAUGUUGAGCCUUCUUCCUCGCAAGAAAUUCAAAUUGAACAUCCAGACUCGGAGACCUCGCAGCCUACCGCAGAACAGCCCAUAGUAGAAGAGACCUAUGCUGCUUCAGAAGUUGUAGAUGAAGUUGUGGAUGAAGCCGUCCACCCAUCCAAUUCUCAAACAAAGCCCAACAAACUUGUGAAGCGUCGGCUUUACGGCACAAAUGAACCCCUUUCCCCUGGAUGUCCUCGUCUACGCCCGAUUAUCUCCACAUUCCUGAAUCGACGCCAACCAAACUUGCACGGUGCUCGCGGCCGCAUUGAGAAACCAAAGAUCAUUAACGACAUAAUCAAUAGGGGUAACAAUUCGAGGCCGGGUUCAGCUCUUGAUGAAAUAGAGGACCACAUUCAAGCAACAUCCGCUCUAACACUUCCGCAACCAAAUUGCUCGCAUCAUCACUUUUCCACUGGUCAUCAAGAAAUCACUACUGGUGAUGAAAGCCAUGAAAUUGUUCCCCAAAGCAACCACGAUGAUUCACCAGCUGCGCGGUCAUCCCCGUUCUCUUUCACCGACAGUAAGCGGCUUGAGGAAUGGAAAUCUUUUAUCCUCACUGGUACAACCGAUCAAGUUUCUUCCGAGAACCUUCCCAAGAACAUGCAACGGACAAGCAUAUUUGGUCCCAACUUCUCUCGGCCAAUGUCAUCUCGUUCUCGACAUCGUAAAGCUGAUCAUCGUGCAGAGUGUCGACCUCAAACAUCUGAUGCAACUUCUCCUUUCAAAACAUGCCAUAUGGACCUCCCAAGGCUCUCGACGUCAUAUCUGCCCUACCAUGGAGAUAACCAGGGACAGCAGAGAAUUUCCUCUGUCCUGCAACGGCCACCAGAUCAGGAAUUUUCUCUUUCCCAAGCCGAGAGGAUGGCUGGUGCAGAGUCCUAUUAUGAAGAUCUGGGUCCUGGGAGUAGCCAGAGCUCGUCAAGCAACAGACUCAGCAUGCAUACUUCAUCGUCAAUGGCAUUGAGGACUCCUCAGCGUCCAAAGUCUGCGGCACCGUGCGAGCCUAAAGAUAAAAGCAAGAGCUACCAUCCCUUUUUCCAUGCUCAUCUUGGAAGUCCGCGCCCAAAUAAGAAACGAGAGCAAAGCAUCUCGACUUUGGCAAAGCAUAAAGGCAAGCAGAGUAUUAGCUCUGUACUUGAUGGUGAUAGUGACAUUGAACUAGAUGAAGGAGGAUCCGAAAAAGAUUGGGAGACGGUUACUGAGAGCCAGAUGUUUGGAUCCAGGUCCCGGAUCCCAGUACCCAACCUGGAGUCAGGUAGCAGUUUGGCCAAUUACUCCAGCGCUGGGACCCUGGCCAACAGAAGCCUGAUGGAUAUACCCUCACAGUCUCACCAGGGAAGCAGUGAAAUGAGAUUCCCAUUCCGUGAUAGAUCCCCUAGGUUCCGCCGCCCUAGCUGGUUGCAUACCACUCGCCAACGUCGAUUCCCUGAAAUUAGUGCUCCUAGUUUCCCCCGUCACCUUUACUCGAUGUCCGAAUACCCUAGGGACCCCGAAAUGCUGUACAGCACUGCGCCGCCCCUGAUGGCAUCGACUGCGCAACAGCCUGCUCCGCGAGCGGCUUCGAAUUCCCAAUACCACCACCCGUCCCCCCUUCGAGACACCCAUCCGAACCCCUUCCAAUCCACUCCCCCAUCCCUGAACGAGAUUCAUCCGAGCGAGCGGCAUGCAAAGUCUGGGCGAGAUUCGAAGUCCGGCUUUGUGUCUGCAAUUCGCAGCAGUAAGUUGACCUUUCAAGAUGAUAAUGACAACAAUAUCAACAACAUCAACAACAACAGCGACAACCCAUUCAACUCUGGCCACCAUGGCUCUGGUCCCAUCAGAAGCUUGCGGCCUUUGCCAGCCCGAGCAUCAAUGGAAGCAUCAGCAUGGUGGACAAAACCAGCCUUUAGCAGCAUGAAGUCGCAGCACUCCUUUCACUCUGCCCCUUUUUCCUCCACCAUCAGAGGCGUGAGAGACGCAACAUCCCUUCACAGCCGCAACGUCUCUUCCUCUUCCCAUUCCCAUUCUCACCCUCACCCUCACCCUUACCAUCACCCUCAUCAUCACUCUCAUUACCAUCAUCAUCCAACCUCCAGCUCAGCAUCACAUGAAAUUACAACAACUGACCUCUUUGACAGUAAAAAUCCGUUGCCUGUGACUCCCUCUUCUGCAUCUCAAACAGCCCGGCCACAGACACCCUCACUUGGGCCUCGGGCUUCCUGCACGACUGAGGAAGACAUCGAGCUUGAGCCCCUUACGCGUGUCUGCCAUCGAUCAACGCCCGCUCGUUCUCGCGUCAGCUCAUUAAGCAGCCUUGUGUCCGGCGUCACCUCGACUUCAAGAAACACCCCUGGUUCUCUGUACCUUUCUAUCAGAGCUGCUCGUGACAAGGCACGCAACUACCGUCACCACCGCCACAACCGCACGCUGACGAACAAUUCAACUUCCACCACGGGCGAGCGUCUUCUCUCUGCCCGGCCGGACACGCGAGCUUCAUCUAGAGGCGAAUACCGACGCGAUAUCAACUCCAACAUGGACGAGCACGAUCAUCCAGCUGAACGAGAACGGGUAUCUAGUCCCAGAUCUAUCCUUGCCAUGUCACCACCAGCCAUGCGCAGCAGCCGUCCCCCAACGCGUAUCCAAAGUGCUAGCACUGCAAGAAAGCUCCGAAGCCCCAACCCAGACGACUUGCUCCGUGAACGUCUGGACCGAAUUGAAACGGCUUCGGUUGUGCUCUCAAACCAUUCACCAUCUUUGCACGAGUCCUGUGUCCGCUCCCCCUGGACGACCUGCCAACCAGCAAAGCAAUUCACCGUCAACGGAGCAUCAUCUUUCUUCGCUACCAUCGACGAAGAAACAGGCAGCGUACCAGACGCAUACUGUUCUACCUAUGGCCGCCAUGUCUUCCCGGAGCCGCCGCGCCUAACACCCCAGCCCCGUCGACAGUAUCAGAACCAGAAUGUCGAUGCUCUAGGCUCUGCAGAACAGGCCGGCGUUCACGGAGGCACCAACUUGAGCGCUCAACGACGUAUUGGAAGACAGCUGAUCAUGAUCUUUUCGCUUUUGGUACCCUUUGGAUGGUUUGUUGUUGCGUAUAUUGGGUUCGAGGGCAAGUUGGCCGACGAGCUGAUCCGCUGGCGAUCCAACGGAGCCAUUACCGAGUUUCACGUCAAGGACAAGUAUUGGGCUAGCCAGUUGGCCGUUUCUUAUGGGGUAUUUACUCUUAUCGCACUGGUUGUGGUGCUGGCCAUUUGUUUAACCGCCCUGUGA